AUUUGGAGGAAGCGAGCCGUUGAGAUAUUUUGAGGCUCCUAACAUGUCACAGGGCGUUUGGCGCCGCCAGCUGCGACCGCUCGCUCUAAUCGCUGGCUUCCUCUGCGUCGGAUGCCAGCGCACCUCCACGUCAGGAAGUGUCCAUCUGGUGCCGAACGUUUCCUUCAAGACUUAGUCACAAUGUUUUGGGGUUUUUUUUUUUGUGCCAUUGCAUCUUUUUGCCCGAGCUGCCAUUUUGUCCCCACCAAUAGACGCACGUCUGGCCCUGGCACAGGAUCUUUUUGACAACGUGCUUUUGCACAAUAACCCAUAAGCAUUCUUCAUUCUUUUUUUUUGUAAUUUUUUUUAAUGUUUGUCCAAUUUUUUUUCCUUAGUGAAAGGUGAUUUAUCGAUUUCAAUUAUUUUUCAAUGAUGUGGUCCACCUUCCUGGUGACGGACGAAGAGGGGCUCACUGUGGGCCCGGCCGCCACCCCCACGGUCGGAGGCGGCGCGCAGGCCGGCGGUGGCGGCGGCGGCAGCGGUGGCGCGGUCGGAGGGGCCCAGGCCAUGGGCGGCCUGGCGGGACUCAUGAGCGGCCGUAGCACCUUCGGCGGCAAGAAGCGACGCAGGACGGGACACCACGCCCUGACCGAGGCGCAGGAAGGCAAGAUCAAGCUGGCGUUCUUCGUGGCUAUCGUGGGCGUCAUCCUGACCGUGCUGGGCGUGGGCACGGAGUUUUGGGUGGAGCUGGCGCCGCCCAAGAGUUUCUACGGCAACCAGACAUGUCCGGCGAUGCACUUUGGUCUGUGGAAGUUUUGCACCAAGCGGCUGUGGGUGGCUGACAUCGACCCAGACAGGGAGAGCUGCGGGCCUGCCGAGCUGCCCGGAGAGUCAAACUGCACAUACUUCAAGUUCUUCACGACGGGCGGGAACGCGGUCAUGUUCCAUAAGACCACGCGCAAAAGUCUAAAUGUGGCGUCAGCCAUGUUGUCGCUGUUCAGCCUGUUGCUGAUGGCGAUGGGCGGCAUCUGCAUCACCAUGGCGCUCAGCAAGGAAAUAGUCUUCUUCCUCAAGCCCGCCUCCGUCUGCUUCGUCCUCUCCGGCGUACUGGUGCUGCUGUCCCUGCUGGUCUUCCAGCAGUCAGUGUGGUCCCUCCUGGCCAGCGAUCACUCUAUCCCACUGCACCACAACUUCUCCUGGUCCAUGUCAUGUGUGGGCUGCGCCGGCGCCAUCUUGAUUGUGGGCGGGCUGCUUUUCCUGCUGCUGGCACUGCCCUACAGCCCCUGGCAGAGGUGUCACAGCACUGCCAGCUAGUGGUCAGGAGGCGCGACUGCACUCUGUGCUGCCGCCUUAGCGCGGGGACUUGGCGCUGCAGACGUACAGUUACUUGGAAAGCACAACUAUUCGGUAUCCUACCAGUACUACUACACUCCUUGUCCUCACUAGUAAGACAAUUCGGCUCACUAGUCAAAGAACAACAAAGUUUUCUCGACUCUUCUAACACGGCUUUUGGCCUAAUAGAACACAAUUACAUAUUACUAGAAAACUACCCUGCUGCACCAGUAACACUACAGGGCCCAAUCAUAAUCAUGCAUCAUGCACAAGUAUCCUCCUUCCUGACCGACCACCUUAAUGUCCACCCACUACUGCGCUCUUUGGCACACUAUUAGGACAACUACAUGUUACUAGUAUGCAAAACGGUGCACAAUGUGACAGCUGCAUGCUACGCCUACUAGUCAAGCACUAGAUGUUGACGAGCAUAUAUAUAUAUAUAUAUAUAUAUAUAUAUAUAUAUAUAUAUAUAUAUACCGUAUUGGCCCGAAUAUAAGACUGUGUGUUUGCAUUGAAAUAAGACUGAAAAAGGAGGGGUCGUCUUAUAUUCGGGGUCUAAACAUUAUACCCAUUCACGACGCUAGAUGGCGCCAGAUAUCAUUGAAGCGAAUGCUGAACUUGACUCCCCAGGCCAAAGUGACCCCAUGCCACAAAGAAGAAAAAUAAAAACAAGCGGUAGCACAAAGAAGAAUAAUGAAAAAAAAUAGCAGUAAGAAAGAAAAGAAAAUAAUAGAAGGGAUAACAGAAAAUCGCGUCCUCAUGAAAUGGAAAAUGGAGAAACAUAGCGACAAUCUGGAGAAAAGUGGGUCGAAGAUUGGCCAAGUUAACCGGCAGCUGAGAAGUUUUGAUGUCAUUUACAUUUCAAAAACCAGAAGCCAUUCAUUUACGAAUGUGAUUGCACUUUAGAUUUGAAUGAGGCAAAAUAACAUGCUUUUUCUCUCAAAUGUAUUGUUAUAACUGUCAUUAUUUUUUGUAUAAAAAUUAGUAUGAGUCUUUUUUCAAACUUGAGUCUUGAAAAAGAGGGGGUCGUCUUAUCAUCAGGACCGUCUUAUAUUCGGGCCAAUACGGUAUAUACAUUUUAUCUCGCUUGCAAGCAAAGAUGUACGAAUUCACAGUUUUGCCUCAGUAUAUAACAUCUAGUUGUGCCAGUAGUUUGGGCAAAGUGUGCAGAAAUGUAGUCCCCCACCACCACCACCAAUGACUGUAUGAUGACUGAGACUCAGUCUUAUUAUUUAUGCAGCACAUUAGUUUACCGGUCAGGUCUGAUUGCAUAUUCGUCAGCAAAAGUGACACUAAUAGUGGAGAAAACCAGCACUAGUAUAACACAAUGGUUGUACGAAUGAACAGUACCAGUGAGGACAAAGUUUGUACUAGUACAUGGACCAAAAGAUGGAUAUCACGAAUGUGGAAUGAAGGCCGUGCGUGUAAAAAAAUAUAUACCGGUAUAUAUAUAUAUACUCUGAGCGGCAAAUUGUAUGUGACGCCAUAUUGGAUGUGGCAAAGCGGGGUGAUGACACCUCGUUGCUUUGCGGCUUGGUGAUAUCACAAUGGUUUGACAUUCAGUCAGAUGACCUCUCACAGGGGAAGACUUAGAACAGCACGAGUUGCUGACUUGGACGCGUAAUAUCACCGGCUGCUCGCUCAAUGAAAUUGGUCCGAAGUAAUGACAGCGUUGCCGCAAUCUUUGUGGGAAUCAGAACAGCUAAAAACAUUAAAAAUGAACAUGAGCUGUGAAAAAUGCUUCUGAAACAAAAUCCAUAUGUUGCCUUGUUGUUGGCUACAACUUUCUCUUGGCAUGAAAAACUUGUCCAAAUGAUGCAAACCCAGUCUUGGCAAGAGAACCUUCUCUCAGGACUGCAGUAGAGCCUUGACAUGGGACAAGAUCAUUCUUUAGGAACUUGGAACUUCUUUUGAGAUGAGUUGUGUGUCCUGAAACUAAAAUCUUCUCUCCGGGCGACCUUUUUCAUUCAUAGUUGUCAGUUGACUUGUAUUUGUUUCCAGGGCACAUUUGCCACAUCCAACAUGGCGAGCAAGUCGAUUCUGUAUCGCAGGCAGCGAGUCGACCCGUAAGACGACGCCUGCGUGUAUGUCUCCGGCUGCCUCCACACAUCCAACAAAAAGUCUUAAACACACAAACAAUCCUGCCUCGCCUCCGUCGUCAAUUCGCUCACGUUGGAAUCUCAGCAAUUCAUCAAAUUAAACGGUUGACUGUUUUUUUGUUGUUUUUUUUACAAGUUGUUAAACGAGCCUCGCCACAAGCAGAAGCCUCGUUUGAUAACGUGUGACUAACAAUGCUGUCGAGGAAAACAAGACUCUUAAUGUCGAGUGUGUGCUCUUGUAUGAAGUCUUAGAGAUUAAAAAAAAAAAAAAAAUUGAAACCUACUUUUC